UUACUACAGAAAAAAUUCAAAAUUAAAAUGCGGUCUUUUUCUGUAGCUGGUUUGAGCUUUUCUUCAUUUCCAUUUUCUGCUAUGUCUUUCUCUGUCUUCUGGGUCUGGCUUUCUUCCUUUAACUCUCUCUGUUCAUAUCCAUUCUUCUUUACCUCUUUAAUAUUAAAAUCAUCACUUCUGUAUCAUAAAGCUCCUUGGUUGAAGAGUAGGUGGAGAUGCAUAUACACACAGAAAAAACGAAGAGAUUUUGGGUAAAAGAAGAAGCUAAGAAAUUGUAAGAAGGGAGAUUUGGGUUUUGAAGAAUGAGUGCGUCUAGGUUCAUAAAGUGUGUCACCGUUGGCGAUGGAGCUGUGGGUAAAACUUGUCUUCUCAUUUCCUAUGCCAACGACACUUUUCCCACUGUUUGCGUCCCAACUGUAUUCGACCAUUUUAGUGCAGAUGUGGUUGUCGAUGGGAGCACUGUCAAUCUGGGGCUCUGGGAUACUGCAGGUCAGGAGGAUUACAAUAGAUUAAGACCGUUGAGCUAUCCCGAGGCAGAUGUAUUUAUACUGGCGUUUUCUCUCAUUAGCAAAGCGAGCUAUGAAAAUGUCUCCAAAAAGUGGAUUCCUGAGUUGAGGCAUUAUGCUCCUGGAGUUCCAAUUAUUCUUGUUGGAACAAAGCUAGAGCUGUUUUUUGGGGAAAAAAGGAGCUCUGUAGGAAGUUCCAGGUCACAUAAGUUCCUUAUUUGGCAAGUCAAAUGCAAUUGUGAUAUUGCUGCUAUUCCCUAGAAUUGUGGUUGGGGUCAUAAAAGAUGGAACGUAUGAUGCCUUUCAUCGUCGGUUGUAUAUAUUUGUCUUUAUGGCAUGAGUAGUUAGCAUGUGCAUGCUCUCACUGCACCUUGUUUUCUCCUUCUUGAGAGGUUGAGCCUAUUAAGCGUCGAUACUGCAGCUACUUUUGGUAACGCACCGGUCUGGAAAGCAUGAUAAUGUGAUUUUUUAUCGACCAUUUAGCUGGAGCAGUUCUUAUGAAUGAAAACAUUUCAGGAGUUAUAGGCAGUUUAUUCAUGUACCGAAACAGAUAGCUGAUGUGAUAAAUGCUGCUGUUUAGUGGCUGAACCACCACCAACAUAGCCAGUAUAUUCCCACAACUGGGGUUUUGGGAGGGUAGUUUGUACGCAGACCUUACCCCUACCUUGUGUAAGCAGAGAGGUUGCUUCCGAUAGUCCAGGUAAGCACAGUAUCAGCCAUAAAUAUCUGCUGAAUCAUGAUACUAAAUCAUUUCAUUCAGUAGAGUGCUGAAUGAACAUGAACAUGUUGGAUGCAAAUACAUUGGUUGAAAUUCAGAUGCCUUUUAACUGGAUUAACCCUGAAGAACUAUUUAUGGUGUCAAUAGAUGAAAAAAUGUGAAUCAUAUAUGGCUAGGCAGAGAGGAUAUUGUGAUUCGUGGAAACUUCUACACCUUUUGGAUCCCAGAUAAUCACUUUUUCAGUAACUUAGGUUGUUAUGUUGUUAAAUUGCUGGAGAAGUGUGACCUGUUGCAUACUCAGAUUUGAGAUAGACGAGAAAGAAAUAUUUGUUCAAAGUUUUGUUUCUCA